GUGGUAUUAAUGCAUUUUUCACUGAGUUAAAAAAUAUGUGGCUAGAACGUACUCCAAAUUUGUAUGAAGGUAAAGUUUAUCAACAAACUUCCUAUAACCCUAAAAUAAUUGAAACUCCGGUAAUUUCGCAAACACCUGAUAUACAAAAAAUGAUUAAUGAAGCAUUAGCAAAACAGAAAUCUGAAUCUGAUGCUGAGAUAGAAAAAUUAAGAAAGGAAGUAUUGCAAAGCAAUGGAGCUUCGCCCCUUCAAUCCCAAAAAACACAAAAAACUCAGGCACCAGUUUCGCAAACAGUUGAACCAGUUAGACAACCAAGAGGUCCUCCAUCAAAUUUAAAAACGGAAGAAGAUUAUGAAAAAUAUUAUUUAGCUAAAUUCUUUAAUAAUUUAGGUAUAUAUGGUAAUGAAGAUUUAGAUUCAAAUUAUCCUAAAAAACCUUUUCAAAGAUCUCGUCCACAGCAAAAAGAUAACUCUAUUAGAUUAGAGGAGAAAGUAGAUGAAAUUGGGCAUAUGUUAUCUCAUCUUAAUAUAAACAAUCAACCCAAAAAACCGAUAGUCAAAUCGAAUCGAACACAACGAUAUUAUCCUUUUCAACCAUUAAAUUAUAGCUUUUCAGCGAAUGAAGAAAAUAAUGGAUAUAAUGAAGAAAACGAUAUAUG